GGCAGACUCGCACCCCGCCGGUGCCGAGCGCGCCGUGCCACCGCCGCCGGGAGGAAAUGGGAAGCCAGUGAGCAGAUCCGUGCCGGUGCCGGCGUCCGCGAUGACCCUGGUGCUGCCCAUGCAGCGGCUGGGCCGCCCCAUCGCCGCCGAGGGAGCCGCCGACCUCGCCGCCUACCGCGCCCUCUGGGAGCCGCCCUGCUGCGGUCGCCCCGGCCCCGGCGGCCCGCCGGCCCCGGCCCCGGCGGCCCCCGGGCCCCCCGCCGCAGGAUCACAUUACAGGGGAAUUUCAAAUCCUGUAACAACAUCCAAGAUCACAUACUUUAAAAGGAAAUAUGUGGAAGAAGAGGAUUUUCAUCCACCACUCAGCAGCUGUGCACAUAAAACAAUCUCCGUGUUUGAGGAGCGGGCCCAUAUUCUUUACAUGUCUUUGGAAAAGCUGAAAUUCAUUGAUGAUCCCGAAGUCUACCUGCGAAGAUCCGUCCUCAUCAACAAUCUCAUGAAGAGAAUCCAUGGAGAGAUCAUCAUGCAGAACAACUGGUGCUUCUCUGCCUGCUCCUUCAGUGGCACCUCCCCGCAAGAGUGGUUUGUGCCUCAGGACUGUCCAUAUAGAAAACGCCUUCGGAUGGCAAAGGAGGAGUAUGAGAAGCUCCACAUGUGCUGCUUCUAUCAAGAAUGUGGCAGUCACUAUUUAAAUCUACCCUACUCUGUUAAUGCUAGCACAGAAAGUAAUUCCUCUUCUUCCUCCUCCUCCUCCUUUUCCUCCUCCUCCUCCCCUCCCAUUUCUUUGCCAAGCUGUUCCCAGCAGGUGGAUUAUGAAGUUGGCAGUGCACCUUCUUACAGAAGUGAUGACCAGAUACCUGCUAAUGAAAUAUUCAUCACUAAUGGCAGGUCUCACAGUAAUCAGGAAAAGGCAAAAUUUAAUGACGAGAAAGGAGGUAAUGAACCUGAGCGAGAGAGCAUCGCCCUAAACUGUGAACCUGUAAGAGGCACCCAUGCUCUUGAAUGUAAAGGCAAAUUUUAUGACUAUUUUGAGACUGGAUGUAAUGACAAGAGCAACAUAAGUGAAUCUUGGAAAAAAUCCUUAAGGAAAAAGGAAUCUUUACCAAGUAAUAAAAUCUGCUGCAACAAAGGAAGUAAAAUAUGAGGCAUCUUUCUUGCUCUAUUGAAGCAUGCACAGCAUGUUCUUUCUCUAUCAAAUUUUUAUUUUGAAUGGAUUUUUUAUAGUUUUCUACGAAUGGUACAAUCAUGCCACAAACAUGACGUGUAGACCUAAAAGACUGGAGAGCAGAUUGCGUAAAGUGUUUCUGCCAUCCGCAUCAGCGGCUAUUUAUAAAUGUGGAGACUUCAGAAAGAACAUGGUUGCAUUUCUGCUGAGCACUGUAGUCUGUGCAGCCAUGGUGGAGCUUUCGUUGCUGAAAAUGCCAAUCAGCCAGAUGGGGAAAACAUAUCGUUUUACAUAUCCCCGCCCCCAAGAAGUCUGCCAUUAAUUAAGAAGAACCUCCAUUAUGUUUACCAAGGAAUUAGAAGUCUGGUAAACAAAUUGAUGCUACCAGCAAGGAUGAUAGGCUCCUUGUAACUCAGUAUUCGUUCUGACAAAGGACUGUCUUCAUGGAUUGGGAAUAAACCAUCCUUACGUUUUGUACUGAUACUCUUGAAUUCCUGUAUUCAGUGUCUUGUUCAACUGACAAAAUAGGACAUAGCAUAAAGAAAUAACCUGUUUAUGGAAUCUUAAUCAGAAUCAAACAAGCAGCUCAAGUACUUGCAUGUUUUCACCUCGGCUGUAAUAACUAAUGAGGCUUGUUGUUACACAGGGCAGGUUUUUUUUUGGUGCCUUACUUUUUGUCUUAAUUUUUGCCAGCGUGAAAAUUAAGUAUGAAUCUGAUACAGCAGGGAUUUAACCUAAACAGAGAUUAAAAAAGAAACCCACAGGGUGGAUCAAUAUUAUUAGAAACCUUUAACCUUUGAAGUACUGAGUUCCACUUCCUAUUCAAACAUCUCUGUUCUUCCUUUUUGAUGCUCAAUUGCUUUUUGAUUUGCCAUCCUUAGGAAGGGAUUUAAGAAACAAUAGAGAGAUGUCUCUUGUAAACAAGCAUUCGAUGCUUGAGUGUUUCUAUGGCAACUGUCUGUUGCUGGGGCUCUUUUUUUUCUUCUUCGUAUAAUGAAGUUCAUGAACCAGUGGCAUGUUUUAUACUUUAUUCUGUUUCACAUAAUUUCUCUCUUUUAGAUCGCAAAAGCAUGCGGGAGUUUUUUAUGACUUUUGCUGUUGAUUUAGAAAAAGACAAGAAGGCAAAAAGCACAAUGUUAAUUAAUAAUGUGGCGAUAAACACAGUUUUAUCUGAAUGAAUGUAAGGGGUUUAAUUUUAAAAAAGAACAUUUUGGAGAAAUGAGCUGAGAUUUCAGUGGCUGAGGACAACAUUUCAUCAUCCCUAGGUAGAUCAAUUGCAAAAGUGUGCUGUGUAAAAUGCCCAGAAGACACUAGCUGGGGUUGGACCAAGAGUGAGUCUUUGAUCCACCAAAUUAAUUAGUUCCCACAGUCCCCAUAACAACUGGCAGGAUGUGCUCAGGAAAAUAGCCACAUCCAGCCCACAGCUGACUCAUAAAUAGCUGCCUGUUCCCACAGCACCUUGCACUCAAGUGACAUCUCUGCUUGCUUCUUGCCCAAAGGGUGAAAGUCACCUGUGUGCUGGGGGAGCAGCCAGCUCGGUGCAAGGCAGGAGUGUCCCCAGGGGGACACAGCCCCAGGCUUGGCACUGACAGGUGCCAAAGGUCUGACACCUUUUGCUUUGGGUUUCAUGGGUUCAGCUGGAGACCUCUAGGGCCAUGGUUAUUUUGGGUAGAAAAAUACAUUUGUAAACUGUACGGUCUUUCACAGAAAGCCCCGUGGUCACAGGAGAAAGCCUCCCCUGAGCCCAGGUGACCACAAACACAGCAGGAUUUAAAUCAGUGAUAACCUUUAUGAAGUCAGGUGAGUGUAAGCUGGUAUGUUUGUAAGGGUUAUCAUUGUGAAGAAUGACAAAUAAAGAAAGUACAAGUCCCACCUGAUUUCUCCAAGACAGAAGCUUUUUUAUUAUUAAUAAUAAUAAUAAUAUUAAAUAUAGAUCUCAUUCAUACAGUGUAUGAGUAGGAUCAUCAUUUAGACAUUUGUCCACAAGGACCAAUUUUUUAAAAAACCUGAUUUUUCUUGUGUUAUAUUCAGAUAGUCUAGUAAUGUCUGCUCUUUUCCAAUAUUUGAUAAACGCUUGAUGUUUUAAGCUUAAAUAUUAGAUGCUUGUAUACUAAUGUGUUGUUGUAGUAAAGUGAAAUUUCCUUGAUAUAUAUUUAUUAAAAAUGACCAAAAUUCAUUUUAAUUUUAUAUCUCCAAUGGCUACUGGGUCCUUUCCCCUAUGUUCUCCUCCCUCACCCAAGAAAACACCAUUUAAUCAAACUGCUCCCUGCUCAAAAGGUUACACAGCUGUUGACUGUGCACCUCAGGCUGGGUCUGUGAGGGAGCUCAGCCUUGCCAGGGUUUUGGGAGCAUUUAGGACAGUUUGAAGGUGCACUGAGAAGCAACAGAUUCUCUGUAGACUUGCAUGUACAGCAGGAAAACACCUGGCCAAAUGCUGCCCAAACCACAAAUCAGCUAACACUUUUGGGGGGGCUGAAAGCUUUUUGACCCUAAAGGGCUCCUUGGUGCUCCAGAACAAGCCUGCACACAUAACCUGUUGCAGAGGCUUCUCAGUUGAAUUUGCACAGGCUGAAGUGAUGGAUCAGCAGAUCUUUGUCUACUCUAAUGGUUUCUUUAGUUCCAGGGACAUCUGGAAAUUAACCUGUUACAGCUCUGGACAGUCUUAUUGUCAUCAGGGUCUGUAAGGGAGGAAAUGCCAUCUAAUGAAAGUUGGCCUAUGGAUAAGUGGGGUUUUAUGCCUUUCUCUGGACCUUGCCUCACAAAAUAAUAGCAAUUACUGAAAGCAGAUGUAUUGGACUCAGGAGUCCACCGAGUUAUCCUGUUAGCCUCAGAAGAGACAGAGGUAUUCCACAUUUAGAAAGGGAGGUGGAAACGCCCUUGUCCCAUUGUCAGAAAUGCAAUAGACAUUGAUAGGAUUUCCAGCCUGGGCUAGACUGAAUGGACUUCCUGGUUUAAAUUGGAUUUGAUUUAUUGCAUGUGAAGACUGUGAGUCUGAUAGGCCUUUUCCUCACUGCACACUCCAGUGCUAAGGAUAUUUUGCUAGUAUCAAAAAUUUUCAAGAAAUAGUUCUUUUACAAGAUUAUACUUAUGCCUUUCAUCCAUACAUCCCACACAUAACUGCUAAAUGAAUGCUCCUGAACUUGAUCCUGGCUUACCUGCCAGGAAGAACGGGACAGAAGAGCUUCUCUAGGAAGAUUGUUUUUCUCUCUAUCGUAAGACACUUUGCUCCUAGAGUGUAAGACUAUAAAGUACUGUGCCUUUCAGCACAUGCCAAACAGCAACAGAAAAGAUGUUUCUGUUGUCACAUCAAUUUUGCUGUCACUAGGAACAGAAGUGUCAUUUUAUCUUCGGGAUCCAGGUAAUACAUUUCCUUUGGAAAUGCACAGUUCAUUUGAGUUUAAAAAAACGUGUUUCUUUUUCAAAGCCCACGGCAUAAUAUCAUUGUGCUUCAUAUAUACUCACUACUUUUGGUAAAAUUUUGCUCUUUUUACUGUAUUAGCUAAUCUGUUGAAACAGCUUAACAUGGUUACUUAAGCAUCCUCAGCACUCAGACAGCCUCAGCUGGCAGUGAUGUGCAGUGCCAGCAGAGCAGCUGGUUCCGCAGGGAAAACAGACACAGCCUGAGCUGAAGAAAUGAAGUGCUUCUUUCAGUCCUGAAGGUGUUACGCCCCUAAGCAAAGCUAUGGUAGAGACUUUUUUCAUAUUUCAUCUUUCUGCAUGCCCUCCAUCCUCUUUUUACACCCCUCAUCUACCAUCUGUCCUUUUGUGUCCUACCAUCGUGAUGACCGUGACACGCUGCCAGGGUGCUGCAGUGGGUGCCACCACCCUUCAGGCUUGUGCAGGGGAAGCAGGGAGCUGGUUCAGAGCCACAGCAUGAGCUAAAGGGGAACUUAAACAAAGUAACCAGGGUGCAGUGUAUCUUGGCUGCUCUGUGGUCCCUCUGGAGGCUUGUGCCAGUUGUGACCCCCCACACCUAAAUGACUUUUCCAGCUGCUGGUAGCUCACAUUGCCACUACGGAGUGAUCUGGUGAUUAGAGAGCUAUGACUGAAGCAGAGAUGUGAAGGUGAUUUCUAGCCUGCAUUUGGCUUAUGUCCUUACAUUGCCUUCUUGAGCUAAAGACGUAGCCAGAGGUUGUAGCAAAUGCAAUGGCUGCUUAUUCAUGCCAGGAUCCUUGACAAAAGAAGUAUCUUAAGUUUUAUCGCAAAAAAAACCCCAAAACCCAAACCAGUCAGUCACAUCAGGGAAAGGUUUAGACCACUCUGAGGUAAAGGAUUUCAUCUUGUGUUGUAUUCAGCAAAUGUAACUCUAACAUGGAGGCCUCCCAAAGGGACCUGACCUUUUACAUGGUCCAUCCCUUGCUUUGCAACCUCUAAGACAGGGGCUGCCCUCACUUUCUGGAGGUCACCAUUUGGGCUCCUCAGUACUGGUAUGAGCUUUUCCACAGCUGCACAAAGCACCCCAGAGGCUUUUCCUGGCAGGGUGUGCAGAGCCUGCUAAAAUAUAGUAGCCAGGGAAGCAUUGCAAAGGAUCCUGCUGGAAAUGUUAGGAGAUGCAAAUCUUCCACAAGGCAUCCCAUAUAACAGCCAAGCCGCUCAGUCACGACUACUUGGAAUACACAGUAAUUUCCUGUGUUUUUUCAGUCUCACUUAAACUUCUCUGACAGAUGGGGAAAGAUGACUAAACCAAGGGAGUUUACAAAAGUUCGUCUUGUGGUGUUUGCAAACUGUCUCUGUGAGGUCCAUUUUCUCUAAUGUAAACACAGCCGUGGCUGGGUGCCGAGUGCCUUUGCAGCAGCUAAUCCUGCUCAGCUUAAGGCUGCUAAGACGAGGAGUACCCGGCCAGCUGGUCCGCUCAGGGGGUUGAACAUGAACCAGCCCUGGGCCUGAGGGGUGUUAGGAGGAGACCUUCACUUUCUGGGCUUUACACAGCAUGAAGCAAAGCACCUGUGGCUCUAAGACCAGACCAAAUUUACUAUGCCGGGUGAGAGGCUUUUCAAGGGGCCUUGGGGUCAGGUGUGGAAGGUUAGAUAAAACUCCAGGGCAGUAAUCAUGUGAAAGCAAUUGCUUUUGGGGCUGUAGUUGGCCUGUUGCUCUCUAGUCUUGAAUUCACUGCCAGGAUAGGAUUACAUCCCAGGGAAAGUGGAUUUCAGUUCUUUGGGUUUGCAGAAGUGGUGCAGAGUAUGCAAAGCUUUUUCACCAGCUACAGCUGAAAGGCCAGGUAGGCAAAUGUUUUAACUUUUAUUGCUUAAGUUCCCCUUGCUGAGGAAUGCAGGGAGUGUGAGCAGGAGCCACAGAUGGGUGGUCUGUAUACAUUCAGAAGUAUGCAUGAGCAGAAAGCCCCAAACUCCAACAAAAACCCAAAGCAGAGAGAUACUGAAUUUGAAAAGUAACUCAUUUUCUGUGGCUAGUAAUUCUUCUCAAUUAAUCCAGCAUCAUUCUCCAGUUUACUGUGGAGAGCAUUUAUUCUGUCAUACUGGGACUGCAGCAGGACAAUAAAUAGUCUGUCUGCUCAAGGUCAGUCCAUUUACUACUACCUCCUGCAGUGGUGCUUUCCCUGUGGAAUAGCCCACCAGGCUCAUCUUUCUGUAUGGUGGUCUGUGUCUGCCUCCUGAAACAACUGGAGGCUCAGGUCCUUGCAGAAGAGGAUGAGGGACUGUCAGUAGCUGGUGGUCUUGUCUCCUCCAUGAUACUGGCCUGUAGCUGUCACAGUUGCACUCAGCAAGCUCAGAGGGACACCACAACAUCCCUUCUAGCACCGCCUCACUGCCUUACGUUUCUAAUACAGUAUUUUCCCUUGAGAGCUAUGACUGGUGUCUCUAGCAGUUUGCUGGCUGAUAUUUCAGAGAUUUUUGCAGCUGGGUGAUGGGCAAUGAGACCCUUAGCUGGCGUGAGAUGAUCACGUGCCAUUGAUUUUUGGGGAAAUUGUGCCUAGUCCUAUAAAACCUGACGACCCACACCUUUGGUUAUUGCUGGUUUUGUCUUUUCCCUUUGCCUCAUUUUCUUAAUCAGAAUAAGUUUUGAAAGACAAUCCCUCUCUUCCACCCCACAUUGUGUGGGACUGGCUAGUCUGUAUUUACCUCUUUUAGUCAGGAAAAAGCUCUGCCAGUGGGAGUUGAAGUUGAGCAGUAGAUUGUUUUCAAAUCCAGUUUUAUUAUCCAACUCCAAAAUGGUUUGUGUCUCUCGGUCUAUGUGUAAAAUCUGUGCUCUAUUCCUUCGCAAAUGCUAAAAGCCCUUGUAAUUAUUUUCCCCCCUCCAUCCAUUGCUUUUUCAGGGCAAAAUCCUCUGUACUUUGAUCUGUGAAUAGGUCCCACUGACAAGACUCAUCAUCCUCUUAGUGAUAUGGCUGCCAUGGGGCCAUUUAUUCCUUUGAGUGCAGUAGUGUGGGUUUGGCUUAAAAUGCAGUUGUCCUUUAUCUUUCUUAAAAAACAUCAGACAGGGAACAUAAAUCUAAGUGUUGCUACAUUCUAAGUGUAAUGUACUUUCAACAUUGUUUUCUUCAAACUUGUCUUCGUGAGUCUCAACAAGUAUGGCCAAAGCCACCUGCAUUUCCCAAUUUCUGUUAAUAUUGUAAUUAUAAUUACCGUGAAAAUAAAAUUUGACUAAUUUUUGAAUCUUGAA